GUGGUGGUAAACAUAUAUAUGUUAUUUGAAAAGCGACAUCUCUAGAGGGAGCAAGUUGAAAGUGCGGAAAAUUAUAUUUGCAUAGUAAUGGUGUUACCAUAAUAUUGAACAUCAGUUGAUACCAGCUAACCCGAAAAUACCGCGUCUCAAGUUAACUAUUACGAAAAAGGAAUAUUUUGCAGAUACCACUGUCGAGGAAGUCGGGCAGCGGUGAACAGUGGAUUCAAAAGCUACCCGACAACCGUGAAGACUUUUGAAAACGACACGGUUCUGCUUCCGUGCUAUGUCGAGGAUCUUGACAACGUGCAAACCACGGUGAGAUGGUGGAGAGACGGCAUCCUUUUGGCUGACAGCGGUGAACCACAACACGUACCACCUGAAAGAGUUAGAAUGUACUCAAACAGAAGCUUGGAGGUUUCUCAUGUGAAACGGAACGAUACCGGGGAGUAUGUGUGCCAGGCGUCUCGACCAGCUCCCUGGGGAUAUGCAACCCAAGUACACGAGAUCGAAGUAAUGUAUCCACCCAGUGUCCACCCGGUGCCAGAGUCCGGCAAACUGGAAGUGAACUUGGGAGAGGAAGUGGAUAUGGCUUGUGUGGCAAAAGGUGUGCCAACCCCUAUCAUAUCAUGGAAGAACAAGGAUGGAGAAAUACCGUUUUUGUAUGAUAGAUCACGUCUGCGAUUUCACGCCGAGAGCCCCAACGAUGCUGGUCGCUACACUUGCGUGGCGAACAACGACGUUGGCGAAUCCGCUGUGGCCACCAUAGAUUUGUUCGUUAGAUUUAAGCCCAGGAUCGAGAUGGCGAAGACUUGGAUGCAUGCACCCCCUGGGAUACGAGUGCAGUUACACUGCGCUGUAACUGCCUGGCCAGAGGCAACGGUGGAAUGGUAUUUCAACAACAAAAGCGUGAAGUAUUCGUCGAGGAUAGUGAAGCACAACUCGGGAAGUGAUCACAGUUUAGUGAUAAGGAACGUCAGAACGACGGAUUAUGGAUUCUACCUAUGCAGGGCUUCUAAUUCCUUAGGAAUCACCGAGGCGGCGGUCGAAUUAUCAGGUAUAGCGAAUCCGGCCGUCUUCAAGAAGAAGCACAGUCUCUCGAAGACCUCGUACAAUUUCGUCUGGGAGGUCUACAGUUACAGCCCCAUCGUCCAAUACGAGUUCAGGUUUCGUAAAUACAUGAAUGGAGUUCCCGGUCAAUGGCACAAUUUGUACAUACCCAGUGGCAGUGAUGGAAACAGUUUCAUACACACGUACUCUUUCAACUUGACGGGACUGGAAGAAGCAACGCAUUACGAGGUGCUCGUUUUGUCGAAAAAUCGUUACGGAUGGAGUAAACCGUCGGAUAUAAUACGAUUCGCCACGGAAGGUGCUCUGGACCAAGACAGUUAUAUUACGAACGCGAUACAGGAGGAUAAAACUGUACCAGUCGUGCAACUGGCAUCAAUGUCGCAACAUUCGCCCCUAGGCUCGGAUGAAAGUGGAUCAUCAACCAUAGAAGCAAACAUAAUGAUACUGUUAGCAUUUACGAUUGUAUCAUAUGUAUUUAAUACAAAUAUCUAAAAUAUCUAAUACGUAUAGAUUGAAGUAGUCUUAGGAAAUAAGGAUAAACAGAUAGGCGAACAUCGCGUGUAUCCUAUAUUAGGAUUUUUCCUAACGUAACAUUUAAUGUUAAGCUUUAAGAGUGUAAAUAAAUUUGAACAUACAUAUUAAGAUACAUUAUUUUAAGUGACGAUGUAGAACUACACUAAAUCUAUUUAGGCAGUGUUUCUAAUUAAAAAAAACAUAUAUAUAUACACAUGUGCAUAUACAUGCACAGGUUGGCAAAGUAGGGGAUGAUAUGAAAAAGAUAAAAAGGUUUCUGUCGAAAAUUUUUUUUCGCCAGGACACGGAAAUUAAUUACUCUUACUCUCUGAUGUAAUUUGAUGCAUAUUAACGUUAA